AUGCUUACCCUAGAAUCCCUCCCUAGAACUUCAAAUUUGGACUUGCCUUACCUGUGCUUGAUGUUAUUACCGGUUUUUAACAGACACGGCCAUGGCUGCAGGAUGAAUUACUUCCAGGGAACCACAUCAAGCCUGCUACUAACUCAGAAAGUUGGAGUGAAGAGUUUCAUAUGUUCUAAACCUGGUGGGUCAUCACUUGCAGCACAGCACAUUGACAGGAAAAGCGGAGAGCAAAAUUGCUCUUUAAUUCAUAUAUUUCAUUCUCACCAAUCUGAAGCUGAAGGGAUCAGAUCAGCUCGCCUUCUGGACCUUCUCAUUAGGGACUACACGGUAAAGUCCUUUGAAAUUCAAUUGAGAACAGGUAUUGUACACACUGUACAUUUACCUGCGAACUUAUCUGGCAUCAAAGUCGAUACAGCAAGGUUUAGAUGUGGAAGUCUCCGCAGAUAUGGUGCUCAAGUUAAGGAAUUUCAUUUGGGAAGUGGUGUGGCCGUGCAGCCUUGUGCAGAAAGAGUCAUGGUAGUUAGACAAAGCUUGGGUUAUAAUUGGUCAUCCAUAUACUAUGCUAACUAUAAUCUUUCAGGUUACCAGCUUGUGUCACCUGUAUUAGGCCUCCUCGCUUAUAAUGAUGGCAGUGACGUGAGUUUUGGUAGCCCUUUUGAGCUUGGAAUUCUUGCCAGGGAAGAACCAAUUAAAAUAGAUUUCAGCAACAUUACAAAGGCAUUCAACAUGACAGGAAUCAGGCCAUUGUGUGCUUGUUUCGAAGGAGAUGGCAAUGUAACAUUGAAAAACCAAGUAUCACCCAAUGUUUGUGUUGCAACCAGGCAUGGCCAUUUCGGUUUGGUCAUUGAGUCACUGCCAUCUUUGCCUGUGAGGAAGAAGAUUAGCGGAUGGAAAGUGACGGUUGGAAGCUCAAUCGGAGCUGCUUUGGGUGCUUUCCUCUUGGGGUUGCUUUUGGUGGCAAUGUUUGUUAAGGUGAAGAAGAAAGCAAGAAUGGAGGAGUUGGAGCGGAGAGCAUAUGAAGAGGAAGCUCUUCAGGUUUCCAUGGUUGGACAUAUCAGGGCUCCGACAGCAUCUGUAACUCGAACAACGCCUACAAUCGAACAUGAGUACAUACCUUACCCCUCUUGA